UUUUUUAUAAGAUUUCUUUUCUUUCAAAAAAUAGUUUCACCAAAUAUUGUUCUUUGACAAACACUGCUUUAAAUUUAAAUAUUUGGAUACAUCGUGCAUCAGUUUACACUGAACAUACAGUUUACAUAACUUUCUUUGAAUUAAUAUCUCGUGACAAAGUGUUGUGUGCAAAGUGCUUUAUGGUAUGAAUAGUGUAAAAAAAAUUGUAAAAGAUGUAAACAUGCAAUUUGAACGCAGUUAUUGAUUUGAAAGAAAUGUAAACUUGAAUGUCUGAUCAUGGCUGAAACUAUAAAAAAGCUGCCUGGUCGACCAUCAACUGCACCUUGCAGAGUUACUCCCCUUGGAAAUGAUCAUUUGGCUCCGGCUACACCUUUUUAUGUGGUUUGGGUGAAAAGUCUUCCGACAAGAGAGAAGCUACCUAUUCACUACCGUAGUAACAAUAAGUCGAAGCAGCAACAAAUAGUUCCAGUUUCAGCUGCAAAUGUGCAUGACCUCUCACAUGUUCCGGUUGACCUAUUAUCAAAUGAGGAUGAAGAUGGCAGACAAUCUAGAAGCUCUCUCUUCUCACCAAAACAACAAAAACCACCCGCAUUUCUACCAGGGGACAGAGUGAUAUUUGCAGAGAGCCCAUCAGCCCCAGGGAUACCUGUUGUUUAUAGGACACCAGAUGAACGGUCUUCCAAUCCUGAUAGACUUAAUCUGGAUAGACGGAAGUUGACAGUAUGUCCGAUAUUGGAGGGAGAGGAACAGUUACGUCUGCUGAAUUAUCAGCACAAUCAGAUAACAAAAAUACAACAUCUCGGCAGCCUUAAACGGCUGAUAUUUCUUGAUCUCUAUGACAAUCAAAUAGAGGAAAUAUCUGGUCUUAGUUCACUCAAAUCACUGAGGGUACUUAUGCUGGGUAAAAAUAAAUUAAAGAAAAUAGAAAAUUUAGAGGCAUUACAAAAAUUGGAUGUGUUAGAUUUACACGGAAAUCAGAUAUCAUGUAUAGAAAACUUGAACCACCUGUCUGAGUUACGAGUGUUGAACCUUGCUGGGAACCAGAUCACUCAUGUUAAUGGACUUACUGGCAUGGACUCCCUGGCGGAGCUGAACUUGCGGCGCAACAAGAUCCGGACUGUAGAAGAGGUUGCCAAUCUUCACACCCUGCAGCGUUUAUUCCUCAGUUAUAAUGAUAUACAUAGUUUUGAAGAUAUAUCAUGCCUUGGGGAGUCGACCAGUCUUUCAGAGAUAUCAUUGGAUGGAAAUCCAUUGACAUCAGAACAGUAUUACAAACAGAUUGUGUUACGACACAUGCAGCAGUUAAAGCAGCUCGAUAUGAAACGUGUCUCGGAGGAGGAGAGGAGAAUUGCUCUCGUUAUGGCACGUAAAGAGGAAGAGAAGAAGAAAGAAAUGAAUAAACUCUCCGUAAUGAAGACUCUCAAUUCAUUUACAAGCCCUGUCACAUUUUCCAAUGAUUUGGAGAAGAGACGUCUUGCCAUCAACAAUGCAAAGAGACAGUGGGAGGUCAUGCAGGGGUCACUUAUACAAAAAACUUCAAAGAUGACUCGUACCCCGGAACUAUACGCAAACCAUAUCGGGUCAGUACCAAACUCGGAGGUUGUAACACCGGAUAAUGAUGGUGAAGAGGAGAGUAGGGAUGAGUCAGAGUCUCUAACAAGUAAACAAAGCAGUAGAGCUAACAGUCGUCCUGGGAGUGCACACAGUAUGUCACUAGAUGGUGGUGACUCCAGGGAGAGGCCGAGAACUGCUAGUCAACAACAGCGUCGACCAGAACCUAAACCUAGUGGCUUGUAUAAAGAAACCAUGAUGUUUGGGACGGACAAUAAAGCUUCCAACUUAAACAACCUUGCUGAUUUAGAGGGUGAUACAUUAACUUUGUAUGGACCUCCAUCCCUGGAAGCCCUAGACAGAAACUGGGGCAUGCAGGCAGCAGGGGCAGUAACUGUGAUCAUAUUUAAAUUUAUAGACUUUGAUGAAAUUUGUAAACAUCUGCAAAAAAUUAGGACAAGAUUUCCUGCAACACAGACAUUGGUGUUCAGUUCUACAAAUAUCUGCAGUUUUACACAGUUGAAUGCACUGACAAGUCUACGUAGAUUAGAUAAUUUAAUGAUUGAACUUGAGGGUAACCCGGUUACAAGAUAUACACUCUGGAAAAGUUAUCUUCUCUUCCGGCUUGCUCAUUUUGCUCUGAAGAGAAUAAAUAAUGUAGAGGUAACAGCUUCUGAUGUUAUGAAUGCAGAGAAAUUGUUCGGUGCCAUAUCAAAUUUAACAACCACUCAACUACCUCAGACAAGACUUCUCUCAUUGCUUGGGGAAACAAGACGGAAACAGUUGUUAACGAUGAGUGAAGAAAAGUCUCGUAAGAUUUUAGAUGGGACAGUGAAGAUGGAUAAAACACAGGGAGAGUUUGUUGGGCGAGCUGGACUUACAUAUCAACAAGAUAGUAGCAGGCUGCAGGACUUGCAAGGGAAGAGAACUUUUGCGAGAAGUUAUAUAAAUGAAAUGACAAAAGAGGCCAUAUUUGUAGACAGAAAACGUAAUGAACUGAACAAAAUAUGGCCCCAGAUAUUUUAUGAAAUGGUCUAUUCAGCUGUAUCAGACAUGUCAGACUCUACUAGUUAUAUGAAAAAAUGCCUGGAAGAUUUAGACAAAAGUUAGCAUUAGCUGUGAACCAGUCAUAUGACUGGUGCCCAAAAUUAAAUCAUUUAUAGCAGUCAUGUGACUGGUGCCUGGUACCCUGAAUAAAAUAAUCAGACUGGUACCCAAGAUGAAAUAAUUCAAACCAGGAUUAAAGGAAUUGUCCCAUAAUCCAUCCAGUCAUCAGACAAAUGCUCAAAAGGAAUCAGUUGAUUUACUACUUGAGAUUUUGGCAUUACACCUGCUAUUCUAUCAUUUUAUAUGGUUUUGAAAAGUGCUAACUGUGAACCCAAUCUAUGUCAUGGAUGAUCAGUUUGAAAUAUUUACCUGAUUGUAAUCAUGGCUGUAAUUAAAGCUGUGCUGUAAUUAAUUGUGUUAUCAAUUAAGUGAUGAAAUAUAUUGAAAUCAGUCUUUCACUGGUACUGUUAAAUUAAUUUGGCUGGUACCUGUUUUUUGUAUACAAGUACAGGACUUCUUGAAUAUGGAAAAGAGGACCAGUUUUAUAGGAACGGAAGUCUGGAUUUAUUGUGUGACCUUUAAUGACAAAAUUAACCAUGUUUGCAAGUUUCUGGUAAACAAGAAAAAAAUAUCAGCACAUUUUGCUGACCAAUAUUCAAUGUUGUUUUGAGGUGACAUUUUAUUGUUUUGAAAUACACAUUAUUUGAUUGUAAAACUAGUCCAAAGUAUUUUGUGACUGUUAAAUUCUCUUUGUAUGUGAUAUAUACCAGUGUAUAAGGUAUACCAGUGUAUUUGGUAAAUCAAUUUGGUAGUAACGUAUAUCUGAAAUUUUGAUUUUCUUAAUUAUGCAAGCAUGUUAAUCAAUUAUAGCCCUACAACAGAUAGUGGUGUUCCGAAGUAUUUAUUUUGUUUUAAAUAAAAUAAAAUAUGAAA